CUCCGCUCUGCUCAUUCCUCUUGUCACCUGCAGUGGGAGGAGCUUGGUGAAGAGCUGAGCUGUCAUUGGCUGGAAGGGAGGAGGAUGCAGUUGCAUGGUGAUGCUGUACAGAUGCUCAGCAGUAUCCUCUCUCUCUCUCACUCUCACUCUCUUUCUCUCCCCUGUUUUUUUCCAGCUCUCUUUCCCACACACACACACACACACACACACACACUCACACUGCCUGUCACUGCAGCAAAAGGAAGAGGACCCACACACACACACAUGCACACACACACACAUUCUCGCACAUACACACUGAAGCUGUUUGGACCAGGCCAGGCCUAUCCUGUCGUUUAUCGCGUGGAGGAAGAACGACCUUCUCUUUUUCAUCCUUCGUUCUUCUCCUUGAAGGACUUCUUCUCCACCGCUUCAGCACACCACCCUGUCGCCGCCGCAUGAGGAGUGACCAGAGAGCUGAGACCAGGAUUAAUAUUGCACGCUCACACACACACUCACACACACACACACAGUCUACCGUUGUCUUGUUGCCAGGCGGUGUAGUAUUCGGCAUCCAUCAGCACCAGAGCAUCAGAGUUUAGGUAGGUGUGUGCAUGUGUUUGUUGGGGAAAGGUGUGUAUCUUUGGUGGUGUGAGAGCAUCAGACAGUUGGACAGUCUACACACACAUACACACCCACACACACACUGUCAUAAGACAGUGCUAAUUCUUCUUUGGGACACUGCUCCUCUUCGUACGGACGAAGGCCUCACGUAUCCCAGCAUGCCUUGCAGCAGGCCGCUCUGCUAGGCCGCAAAAGCAUGGGCGGAGCCUCAGGACAGCGGGACGCGACGGACCGGACGGGCACGCACACGCACAAACACACACACCCUGCCGCUGCCCAUGGGUGAGGACGGAGAGAGUCCAAAACUCAACCACAGUUUCCUCCGAGACUACGUCACCGAGGCUGAUGUCAUUUCCACUGUGGAAUUCAACCAGACGGGGGACCUGCUGGCCACAGGGGAUAAGGGAGGGCGAGUGGUCAUCUUCCAGAGAGAGGCAGAGGCCAAGGCAGAAGCGGAGGAGCUUGGGGAAGCAGGGGAGUAUAAUGUCUACAGCACCUUCCAGAGUCACGAGCCGGACUUUGAUUACUUGAAGAGUCUGGAGAUCGAGGAGAAAAUCAAUAAGAUCCGAUGGCUGCCCCAACAGAAUGCUGCCCACUUCCUCCUGUCCACCAAUGAUAAGACCAUAAAGCUGUGGAAGGUGAGCGAGAGGGACAGGCGGCCAGAGGGGUACAACCUGAAGGAUGAAGAGGGACGGCUGAAGGACAUUUCCACUGUUACCUCACUACAGGUCCCGGUGCUGAAGCCCACUGAUCUGAUGGUGGAGGUCCGGCCACGGCGUGUGUUUGCAAAUGGCCACACCUACCACAUCAACUCCAUCUCCGUCAACAGCGACGGGGAAACGUACCUGUCUGCUGACGACCUGAGGAUCAACAUGUGGCACCUGGACAUUACUGACCGCAGCUUCAACAUCGUGGACAUCAAGCCGGCGAACAUGGAGGACCUGACGGAGGUCAUCACGGCCGCAGAGUUCCACCCUCACCACUGUCACCUGUUCGUCUACAGCAGCAGCAAAGGAACCCUGAGGCUGUGUGACAUGAGGGCGUCUGCACUGUGUGACAAACAUGCUAAGAUCUUUGAGGAACCAGAGGACCCUGGCAAUCGCUCCUUUUUCUCUGAGAUCAUAUCCUCAGUUUCGGACGUGAAGUUCAGUCAUAGCGGGCGCUACCUGCUCACACGGGAUUACCUCACUGUGAAGGUGUGGGACCUCAACAUGGAGAAAGGCCCUGUGGAGACCUACCAGGUGCAUGAGUACCUGCGCAGUAAGCUCUGCUCGCUGUACGAGAACGACUGCAUCUUUGAUAAGUUCGAGUGUGUAUGGAACAGCACUGACAGUGUGAUCAUGACAGGAGCGUAUAACAGUUUUUUCCGGAUGUUUGACCGGGAGACAGGUCGGGGGGUGACCUUGGAGGCCUGGAGGGAGAGCAGUAAGCCCAGGGCGGUGCUGCGGACCCGCCGGGUUUACACCGGGGGGCGCCGCCGACGCGGAGACGUAGGCGUGGACAGCCUGGACUUCACCAAGAAGAUUUUACACAUGGCCUGGCAUCCCGCCGAGAACAUCAUCGCCAUCGCAGCCACAAACAACCUCUACAUCUUCCAGGACAGAGUCAGUCCGGAAAACCAGUGACAAGAACUUCUGUACACACACUCACACACAGAACACACACACACACACAACACACACAGUCACUGUCACUCUCAUAAGGAUGAACCUCAGUCCAUUCCUCAAGUUUAAAAAAAAUUCUGGCUACUCUUUAAAUAUUUAAAGGAGAAUUUAAAUAUCAGAUCUUUCAUUAAUUCAGAUUCAUUCAUUGAGAUUCAAAUAAUUCAGAUACUGUCAUUCAGGUUCAGUCGUUCAUAUUCAUUUAUUUCAUUUUAGUCUUUCAGAUUUGUUAACUCAGAUUCAUUAAUUCAGAUUCUGUCAUUCAGGUUUAGUCGUUCAGUUAAAUGUAUUUAAUUGCAGUUUUGCAGAUUCAUUAAUUCAGGUUCAUUAAUUCAGAUUCAAUAAUUUAAAUAUAAUCAUUUAGGUUCAGUUGUUCAGAUUAAUUUAUUUCAUUUCAGGCUUUCAGAUUCAUUAAUUCAGAUUCAUUAAUUCAGAUUCAUUAAUUCAGAUUCAUUUAUUCAGAUUCAGUCAGAUUAAUUCAGAUUAAUUUAUUUAAUUUCAGGCUUUCAGAUUAAUUUAUUCAGAUUCAAACAUUUAAAUUCAGUCCUUCGAAUUCAGUCAUUGUGAUUCAUUAACUCAGAUUAACUCAGUCAUUUUAGUUAACUGAUUCAAAUGAUGUCCAUCAGAUUCAGUCUUUCAGAAUGAGACAUUCAAAUUCAGUCAUUCAAAUUUCGAUUCAGUCAUUUUGAUUCAUUGACUCAGAUUAAAUCAUUCAGAUUCAGUCAUUGUGAUUCAUUGAUUCAGAUUAUGUUCAUCAGACUCUUUCAGAUUCAUUCAUUCAGAUUCUCCGUGAUCUCCAGGAUCUGAUUAACUGAAGCUGUUUAUACAGUAGUGAAAUAUAGAGAAUAAAAAAAGAAAUAGUCAUAGAUUUUACAUUUUAAACAAAGUCAAAGUAAUAUAAUGUUGAAUGUUUAAGAAUAUAUUCAUUAUUAUUAUUAUUAUUAUUAUUAUUAUUAUUAUUAUGCUAAUUCAGCGGAAACACAAUGUUUUCCGGAAUUGGACUGAAAUGACUUGGAAUAAAAUCACGUUGUAUGAGCGUACCUUAAGGAAAAAAGACUAUUUUUCUUUUUAAUAGAACAUUUCUGAUUUCUUAUGACGUCAGCAAAGUAUUAAAAACCCAACACACAGCUCAUACACACUCUGUACAGAUUCACACUCACGGCUAACCACGGCUAAUCGCAGCUUAACACAGCCAGUAAUCAAGGCCCAUUAUAUCUUUUACUGCCACGAAUAUUGCAGACUGCAUUUUGCUUUGUGACUGACCGCACUGUCAGCUGACGCCCUGAGAGACUGAUCACUUCAGCCGAAUGCUUUGAACCAGGGGUCUUCAGUUCCAGUCCUGGAGGGCCGGCGUCCAGCACAGGAUCUUCUCCUACACCCAGAUGUUAUAAUAAUAUGAGUUACACAAUGCAAACAAUAAUGACACAUGAAGAGUAACCCUAACCAUUACAGGUCCAGGAUCAGCAGUGUUCAGCAGUGCUCCAGGUUCCAGGAUUGUGCUAGACCAAAGCCCUGCAGUCCUGUAGCUGCUCCAACACUCAAACUGAGCAUGGGACAAGCAGUGGGACACUCCUGUGGACUGGAUACGGUUCCUUGCUUGUCAUGGAUAUGGGAGUGUCUUAAGCAGUCUUCCUAUUGUGUGCUUCCUUAAACAUGUCUCAUGAUGCUUCUGUUAUUCUACAAGCCCUGGUUGGGUCCAGUGAGGGAUGUUCUCUUCGUUGGAUGCCAAAAAGUCCACUCCAUUUAACCCUUCAUCAGUCCUCAUCAGUGUGUGUGUGUGUGUGUGUGUGUGUGUGUGUAUGUGUGUGUGCUGACACUUAUGCUCAGGUUAGUCUACCAUUACUAACAGAACUGUCCAGAACCUCAUUUGUUCAAUAGCAGAUACUGGAUGAUCCAGUUCUACUGUGAGUUUAAUUACAGUACAGAAAUACCAGCUGCCCAAAAACCCAGUAACCCAGGAGAGAGGAGUAACCCUGAGAGGAGCCACCAGUUCCCCAUAUCUUCCCUAACCUGAACACUAACCCUAAUUCUCAACACCAAUAAUCAAGCCCAUCUCUGGAUACUGACCCCAAUGCUAAAUACUAAUCACCAAAACUAAACACGAAUUCCUGAACACUGAACACUUACCAUAAUACUCAAUACUAAUCCCAUUACUGAACACUGAGUCCAGUACUAAACACUAAGCCCAUUACUGAACACUAACCAUUAUACUAAAUACUAAUCCCAUUACUAAAGAGUAAGCCCAUUGCUGAACACUAAUCUCAAUACUAAACACUAAGCCCAUUACUGAAAACUAAGCCCAAUACUAAACACUAAUCCAUUACUAAAUACUAGGCCCCAUACUGAACACUUAGCCCAAUACAAAGCACUAAGCCCCUUACUAAA